CUUGUUGGAUGGUAACUAGGGAGAGGCAGGCAGCAAGAAUACGGAACUUGUACCUGAAAGCCAUAUUAAGGCAAGAAAUUGCAUUCUUUGAUAUGGAAACAAGCACGGGAGAAGUUGUUGGAAGAAUGUCAGGUGAUACUGUUCUAAUUCAAGAUGCAAUGGGUGAGAAGGUUGGCAAGUUUAUUCAGCUAAUAUCAACAUUUUUUGGGGGCUUCAUAGUUGCAUUUGUUCAAGGAUGGCUUUUGUCGCUCGUGAUGCUAUCCAUAAUUCCACUCAUUGUUCUUGCUGGUGCAAUAAUGUCUAUUGUUGUAUCCAAGAUGGCUUCAACAAGUCAAACAGCUUAUGGUGAUGCUACAAUAAUAGUGCAACAAGCAAUUGGUUCAAUUAGAACUGUUGCAUCUUUUACCAGUGAAAAGAUUUCUGUGUACAAUUAUAAAAAUGCACUACGAAAUGCCUACAAUUCAAGCGUUCAGGAGGGCCUUGCUGCUGGGGUGGGUCUUGGUUUUGCCAUGUUCUUCAUGUUCUGCAGUUAUUCGUUAGGCAUUUGGUAUGGAGGAAAGUUGAUAUUAGACAAGAGCAAAGGGUACAGUGGUGCAGAUGUUAUUAAUGUAAUAUUUGCACUCAGCACUGGUUCCUUGUCUCUAGGUCAAGCACUGCCUUGCAUGACAUCCUUUGCAGCAGGCCAAGUGGCAGCACACAAGAUGUUCGAGACGAUCAACAGAAGGCCUGUGAUUGAUGCUUACAACACAAGUGGAAGGAAAUUGGAUGACAUUUGUGGAGAUAUUGAAUUCAGAGAUGUGUAUUUUAGCUAUCCAGCAAGGUCUGCUGAACACAUAUUCAGAGGGUUCUCUCUUUUAAUUAACUGUGGCACAACUACAGCAUUAGUUGGAGAGAGUGGUAGUGGGAAGUCAACUGUAAUCAGUCUAAUAGAAAGGUUUUAUGACCCACAGGCGGGAGAGGUCCUCAUUGAUGGUAUAAAUAUUAAAGAUCUUCAACUUAGAUGGCUUAGGGGUAAGAUUGGGCUUGUGAGCCAGGAGCCUGUUCUUUUUGCCUCAAGCAUUAAAGAUAACAUCUCUUACGGCAAAGAUAAUGCAACAACUGAAGAGAUCAGAGUUGCUGCUGAGCUAUGUAAUGCUUCGAAGUUCAUUGAUAAGAUGCCUCGGGGAUUGGACACGAUGGUCGGGGAGCAUGGAACUCAACUAUCUGGGGGCCAGAAGCAAAGAAUUGCCAUUGCUCGAGCUAUCCUCAAUGACCCAAAAAUAUUGCUACUAGACAAAGCCACCAGUGCUCUCGAUGCCAAAUCCGAAAGAGUUGUGCAGGAAGCACUUGAUAGAGUCAUGCUGAAUCGCACUACUGUUAUAGUGGCUCAUCGUUUGAGCACAGUGAGAAAUGCUGAUACUAUUGCCGUUGUUCACGGCGGUUCUAUAGUUGAGAAAGGAUCGCAUUCUGAGCUUCUAAAAGAUUCAAAUGGUGCAUAUAGCCAACUUAUCCGGCUGCAGGAAAUGAACCAAAAUUCUGAUCCCAUUUCUCAAUCUGACAAUGAAAAACGAAGUCUUUCUCUAGAUGGAACAAUAUGUUCGAGCCAAGACAUGCCUAUCAAACAUUCCAUCAGCAGAGAUUCAUCUUUUGGGAAUAGCAGCCCCCAACAUUCGUUCUCAGCAGGCUUUGUUUUACCUGUAGGAAGUGAUUUCUUCGAACAUGCAACAGAUGCACCCAAUAGUAGCACCGCUGAACAAUCAAAGGAAGUACCUCUCAGUCGUCUCACCUCGCUGAACAAACCAGAAAUCCCAAUCUUACUUUUCGGUGCAGCAUUUUCAAUCAUAAAUGGGACUAUCUACCCAGCUUUUGGUGCAAUCCUAUCUGGCGCUAUUAACACUUUCUAUCAGCCACCGGACAAGCUCAAGAAAGACUCCAAGUUUUGGUCUCUAAUGUUCUUGAUUUUUGGGGUAGUUUCUUUAGCUGCAGAGCCCGCAAAAUCAUACUUCUUUGGGGUAGCUGGUUCCAGAUUGAUAAGAAGGAUUAGAUUUAUGGCUUUUGAGAAGGUGGUCAACAUGGAGAUUGCUUGGUUCGAUGAUUCUGAAAACUCAAGUGGUGCAAUUGGCGCAAGACUAUCAGCAGAUGCGGCUUCAGUUAGAAGUCUUGUGGGUGAUGCACUAUCCCUGAUUGUUCAGAACUUUACCACCUUGAUCGCUGGUUUGCUAAUUGCUUUCAUUGCUAACUGGCAACUCUCACUUAUCAUCUUGGCUAUGAUACCUCUCAUUUGCCUCAAUGGAUUGAUUCAGGUGAAGUUCAUGCAAGGAUUUAGUGCUGAUGCGAAGGUGAUGUACGAGAAAGCAAGUCAGGUGGCGGUGGCGAAUGACGCAGUUGGAAGCAUAAGGACAGUUGCUUCAUUUUCGGCUGAAGAGAAGGUCAUGGAACUUUAUAAGAAAAAGUGUGAAGGCCCAAUGAGAACUGGAAUCAGACAGGGAUUGAUUAGUGGGAUUGGCUUUGGGGUUUCCUUCUUCUUGCUCUUUUGCGCGGAUGCUGCCUGCUUCUAUGCUGGAGCUCGAUUGGUCGAGGAUGGGAAGACAAUGUAUUAUUGGUUUUCUUCGCCUUAUCAAUGGCAGCCAUGGGAAUUUCUCAGUCAAGCUCUCUAGCUCCAGAUUCGACUAAGGCCAAGUCUGCAACUGCAUCUGUGUUUUCAAUUUUGGACCGGGAAUCUAAAAUUGAUCCCAGU